UCUUGAGAAUCUCAACACACGCCAAGCCAAAUACCUUCCCAAGUUCCCAAUUCCCCAUUCGUCAGACACCCUUUUCCUCUCCUGAACCAAAGAGCCAAACCCUUCUGUCAAUUCCUCUCCAUCGCCACAACCUCGCCGGAAAAUUCUUCAAAUUCCCCGGCGGUUAGCCGGAAAUGGUUUCUCCGGAGAACACCAAUUGGCUAUUCGAUUACGGAUUGAUGGAGGAUAUAGCUGUACCGGCUUCUGGGUUUAGCUGGCCCGUUCAACCCUUGGAUGGUUCCUCUAACGUGGGUGUGGAAAUCGACUCAUUUGGUGAAUCAGACAGUCUCAAGGAAACUGGCUCGAAGAAGAGGACAAGACCUGAAUCAUGUGGUACAUCAAGUUCCAAAGCUUGUAGGGAGAAGCUGCGGAGGGAUAGGCUAAAUGACAAGUUUAUCGAAUUGGGAUCUAUUCUCGAGCCUGGAAGGCCUCCCAAAACAGACAAGUCCGCUAUCUUAGUUGAUGCUGUUCGAAUGGUUACACAGUUAAGGGGUGAAGCUCAAAAGUUGAAGGAUUCCAAUUCGAAUCUCCAGGAGAAGAUUAAAGAGUUGAAGGCCGAGAAGAAUGAGCUUCGUGACGAGAAACAGAGGUUGAAGGCUGAGAAAGAUAAGUUGGAGCAACAACUGAAGACAAUGCCUACCCAACCUGGGUUCCUGCCUCCACAUCCGGGAAUCCCAGCUGCGUUUGCUGCUCAAGGCGGCAAAAAUUUCAUGCCGGUUGUGAGCUACCCAGGGGUUGCCAUGUGGCAGUUCAUGCCGCCUGCUGCCGUGGAUACCUCACAGGAUCACGUGCUCCGCCCGCCUGUAGCUUAGUUGGAGCCCUGGCCUGAAAUGGUCUUGUUUUGUAAGGCCUUAAAGUGCCCAUUUAACUUGUGAAGUGCUGUUGUCUGUAUUAGUCUUUUGUUGACGUGUGUUAACUGGAUUUGGUGGUUGAUGUAAUACUUCUGGUAGGAGUAUUUUGGAACUUGCACAACAUGCAAUUUGUAAUUGGAAGCCUUGUGAAUUCAGCUGCUCAUUCUGUUGUA